AUCACUUCCGGCCUAGCAGUCCGCAUUUCCGUCGACAGGAAAAGAUGAAAGUUGUGUUUUUUUUUUUUGUUUCAAAAUAAAGCACAAGAUGUCACUAUAUUAAAAUCAAGUAUAUGGUUAAAAUAAAUAGGAUCAUAUUGUUAAAACACGUUGACCGACACAGGUCACUGGCAAGCUCUGUGUUUAUCGUCCGUCAGUGUUUCCGCACGAGCUCCAUCCUGAGGACCCCACGUUUCCAAGUGGAGAGCGUGUGAACGACUACUUGGAGCCUCCGAGGCGGAGAAGGCACCCAAACUGUCGAGCGCUUCAGGAGAAAUAAGAUGCUGCUGUUCUGUCCGACCUGCGGGAACGUACUGAUCGUGGAAGAGGGACAGAAAUGUUACCGGUUUGCCUGCAACACCUGUCCUUACAUACAUAACGUUACAAGAAAGGUCACCAGCAGGAAAUAUCCAAAGCUGAAGGAGGUGGACGAUGUUCUGGGAGGAGCUGCCGCCUGGGAAAACGUUGACUCGACUGCAGAAACGUGUCCUAAAUGUGAACACGCCCGUGCCUACUUCAUGCAGCUUCAGACAAGAUCUGCAGAUGAGCCCAUGACCACCUUCUACAAGUGCUGCAAUCCGCAGUGUGGCCAUCGUUGGAGGGACUGAGGGGAAGGACUGCUGCCAUCCUGCCAACCCAAAGAUGUCCUCCGCCUGGAAGGUGUGUCACACGGACUUGACUGUCGGGAGCUCCAACUCGCGCUACUUGGCAGCCGGUGGGUGGUGGUGGUGGUGGUGGUGGGUGCUGGUUUACCAUCUUCUUUAACUGGCUGAGAUUCUUACUGAGGCUUCAAGCUCCACCCUGGUCUCAGCUUCAGAACGUCCCGGGACGUCUUAUUGGAGACAAGCUGCCCGUUCGGACACACACUGACCUCGGAUGGGCUUUAGUGAAACUGAGGCAGCAAUUCAUUCUUGUAAGCGUUUUGACUUUUUUUUUUUUUCUCUCUUAUUUCUCUGUUAUUUUCAUACAUCAUAAAAAUAUUUAUAUGAGAAUACAAAUAAAUUAGCAAACAACGACCUGUGAUUUACAAGCUAAAUUUAUUUUCUACAACAUUAAUAUUACGAAAGAUCCACAAUCUCAGCCGGUUUAAAAUGUCCCUUUCGACAACACGCUCCGUUACUGAUGCCGUACUGUGCAAAGGCCUUGUGGGUAAAAAAAAAAA